GGCAGCGUGAAGCUCCAGCCUCUGCACUGACGUCCAGCAGCCGCGUCAUGGACUCCCAGGACUGCCCGUGUGCCACCGGCGGCACCUGCACGUGCGGAGACAACUGCAAAUGUAAAAACUGCAAAUGCACAUCGUGCAAAAAAGGCUGCUGCUCCUGCUGCCCUGCAGGAUGUGCCAAGUGUGCACAGGGCUGUGUCUGCAAAGGGCCCCCCUCUGCCAAGUGCAGCUGCUGCAAGUAGCGACCCCCCCCCCCCGCCACGACAAGGAAAACUAACCUUAUAGUAUGUGUUUUUUUAUAUGUGUGUUCGGAUCGUGUCAGUGUUCAGCACAUGUGGUGUGCCAUGAGCUGCCUGAAUAAAGCUGUGUGUAUAUAA